CCACCAUCUCGGCAGGCCCAACCAUGUCACGUGCCUCCAGAGCUGCCCUCAGAAGGACACCCCGGGGACACCGCCCGGGGGUCAUGGCGGGGAGCGGGGACACGGCCGAGGGUGUCAUCGACCCCGACAUGGUGGCCUUGUUCGAGGACUUCCUGGGGAAAGAGGUGACAGUGACGUUCUCGGGGGCGGGCCCGGCGGCGCAGCCCCGGCCGUACCACUACGUGCUGCGGGACACGGAGCAGCAGGGGCUGUGCCUGCGCCACGGGCACCUGGUGGCCACCAGCCUGCAGGGCGCCAACGCCGCCCUGGAAGAGCCCAUCAGCGUUGUCCCCAACCGGCACCUGGAGCGCCGGCGCUGUCCCCUCAUCGUGGGCAUCCGCGGUGGCACCCGCGCCCUGUCCUGUGGCACCGGCCCCGAGCCCCGGCUGGGCCUGGAGGACGUGGGGCUGCUGGAUCUGUUCUCGGCCGACAAGGACAGGGCCGCGCCCUUCACCUUCUACAAGACCUUCGGCGGCUCCACGCACACCUUCGAGGCCGCCGCCUUCCCCGGGCUCUUCCUCAGCACGGCCCCGGACGAGGCGCUGCGGCUGGCACCGGCCGCGGGCGCCACCGCCUUCUACCUGCGCCGCAAGUGA